AUGCCAAACUCUCUGGAUGACGCCGCGCGGCCCACGAAACGUGCGCGACUUGACGAUGAUUCUGUUCCUACGUUCUCCGCAAGCAACUCUGCGCCAACAGUAGCAGCAGCAGCACAGCCUAUACCCUCUGCGCCUGCAGGAAUUGACGCCGAGCUGGAGCGCGAAGUGCGCGCUGGAAUAACCGAGUAUGUGUGCCCGGAUAAUCUCGGGUUCACGGGCGUUUUGAAGCAGAGGUACACCGAUUUCUUGGUCAACGAGAUUGGACUCGACGGGCAGGUACUGCAUUUGAGAAGCACAGAAGUGGAAGCAAAGAAGAGCGCAAAGACGACAGAUAUUAAAGAGGAAGCAAAGCCGGCUGAGGCGGGUGCAAAAGAUGAAAAGACCGACACAGACAUGAAGGAUGCGGAAACUGGAGAGGCUACGCUGCCUGUACCAGCGGCAGUACUUACAGAGACCAAGAACACCGAGGCCAAUGGCGAGCAAAUUCUUGGACAGGUCAAGACUACCGACCAAGAGGCAGGAGAAACUAUUACAGACGAAGACCGCGAAACACUAGAAUCGAUAUUUGGUCGCCAGACUACGGACGACAUUAUCAAACUUGUGCAACAAGUACGAAAGCGAGAAUCGAAAAAGGCCAAAGACUUCAAGCCGGUCACAUCACCGCCCAUUACAGACAAGGAUAUGCGUACCAAAGCACAUCAAAGCCUUCGCCGGAUAUUUCCCAACUUGCUAGAGAGUGCCAUGGAGAACGACCAGUCAAUCCGCAUCAAAGCCACACCCCCAGCAGAGCGUAAGAACAAAAGGGCAAAGGGGGGAAAUCGGGACCGAGAGGACCAGGGCAGGCGGAGAGGCGGUUUAGAUUGGGAGGAGCUGGGUGGUGAAUACCUGCACUUCAAUCUAUACAAAGAGAACAAGGAUACAAUGGAGGUUGUAGGCUUUCUCGGUAGCAAGCUCAACUGCGGAGCCAAAGGGUUCGGCUUUGCAGGUACAAAAGAUAGGAGAGCGUGUACUGUGCAGAGAUUGUGCGUCAAGCGUCAGACAGCGCAGCGUAUACAGAGUUUCAACAAAGUGCUGUUCAAUGCUGCGGUGGGCGAUUUUCAGCAUUCACAUCAUGAUAUCAAGCUGGGCAACUUGAUGGGCAACGAGUUCACAAUUACACUACGAGACUGUCACUUCCAGAGCGAGGAGGGCCUGGACUUUGAGCAACGACAAAAGCUUGCCAACGACGUGGUUCGCAAGGCCAUUACCGACUUUUCCGAAAAAGGAUUCAUCAACUACUACGGCCUUCAGCGUUUCGGCUCUUUCGCCGCCAGCACCGAUGCCAUCGGCCGCAAGAUGCUACAAGACGACCUCAAAGGCGCAGUCGAAGACCUCCUAGCAUACAGCGAUGUUGCCCUCGCCGCCGCCGACGGCACCUCGACCGACCCAACCAUCCAAGUCUCCCAAGACGACCGCAACCGCGCCAAAGCCCUCCACAUCUGGAGAACAACGAGCAACGGCAGCGAAGCCCUGAACCUCCUCCCCCGAAAAUUCACCGCCGAACGCAACAUCAUCCAACACCUCAGCUCACGCAACAGCAAAACUGGCCGCCACGACCGCAAAACCGACUGGCAAGGCGCCCUAAUGACCAUCCCCCGCACCCUCCGCCUAAUGUACGUCCACGCCUACCAAUCCCUCGUCUGGAACACCAUCGCUGGUAAGCGCUGGGCAACGUACAGCUCCCAAGUCGUCGAAGGCGACCUCGUCCUCGUCCACGAGCACCGCGAUAAAGAGGUCAAUCCUACCAGCAGUACGCAACAGCAACCCGACACAACCUUGGAUCAAGACGGUGAAACAAUAAUAAACCCCCACGGCACCGAAAACGCUCUCGCCCCCGAAUCAAACUUCGAGCGCGCACGCCCCCUUUCCGCCGCAGAAGCUGCAUCUGGUGCGUACACAAUCUACGACGUUGUCCUCCCCCAACCAGGCUUCGACGUCGAGUACCCGCCCAACGCCAUCGGCGCGUUCUACAAGACCUUUAUGGCGAGCGAACAAGGUGGGGGGCUCGAUCCACACAAUAUGCGUAGGUCGUGGAGGGAAGUCAGUCUGAGUGGUGGGUAUCGGAAGUUUCUGGCUAGACCGCUAAGGGAGGUUGGGUAUGAGGUGCAUGGGUAUGCGAGGGUGGAUGAGCAGUUUGUGCGGACGGAUUUGGAGGCCUUGAGGGAUGGUGCUGGGGCGAAGACGAAGGCGGAGGCGGAGGCGGGGGUGGAAGAUGGAGAGGAGAAAGAAGAAAAAGACAAGAUUGCGGUUGUGAUCAAGUUGCAGCUUGGAAGUAGUCAGUACGCUACCAUGGCGCUGCGGGAGUUGAUGAAGGCGGGGGGUGUCAAGGCGUUUAAGCCGGAGUUUAUGGGGGGAAGGUAA